GACAGUAUAAUAGAGCCGGGCGUCUCUGCAUCUCGCGGAACACAAAAACAAGAUCGAGAGUCUCCUUUUUGCCUUCCCCCAGCUCCUGGUCGCCCGGGUGUGUUAUUUCCUCUUUUUUCCAUCUUCUUUCCUUGGGUCUAUUUCCUAGUCUCUUUUUCUUUCGUCGUCGUCGCCGUCGUCAGUCGUGCCAUCUCUCCCCUCCUAGUCUCUCCUCUCUGUGCUCGUCCUCGUCGCCGCCGUCUGUGAACAUAGUCAUAUAUAUAUUACAACCAGUACAGGAGAGUUCGGGCACCGGCUGCCGAGUCUACAAACGCAAGCAACAUAGGGAAGAAGCAGCCGCGCACUGGUGCAUCGGCCUUCAGUCUACGACGCUACUCCAAACUGACGACGGACACGCACGCGCCCUCCAGCCUCAUUCACCCGGUCGUCUCCCCCUCUCCCCCUCCCACGGCUCACCGACAAGCCUCCGUGGACAAUGCUUCUCUCGGCCGCCUUGGCCGUCUCGGCGCUGGCCGCCACCGCGCAAGCGGCUCCCGCGUUCCCGGGGCUCAACCUCAAGGACGUGCCAUAUCCCGUCAACGCGCUCAACUCCAUGUCGGCCUACUUCAAUGUCGUUGCCUCCAAGGUGCACGCUGCCCGACUCUUGUCCGAGGCACCCUCAUGCGACCUGUCCAAAGCACAGAUGCCCCUAGGCCCCGACGGUCUCUUACCACCUGCCCCUGGCCUGACAGUCCGACACGUCGCCGUGGGCCGCGGCACGCAAAACUACACGUGCGACACCGGUAACGCAACGGCUGUCCCCAAGGCAGCCGGGGCCGUGGCCACGCUCUUCAACGCCAGCUGCGUGGCGGCCCUGUACCCGGACGUGCUGGACAAGAUCCCCAGCAUGGCGGUGCACUUCAACCUCACAGACGACCGCCUGGGGCCGACGGUGCUGCAAAAGUCGGGCGUGCACUACUUCACCGACGCCACAACCGCCUUCUUCGACCUCGACACGCCCACGCUCGACAUUGGUAGGGUGCCGUGCGCCAAGAACAGCUCCGGCGCCGCGCCGACGACGGCCAGUGUAGGCCAGAUCGGCGACAAGGCUGUGCCCUGGCUGCGCCUAAAGAGCAAGGAUGGCGCUACCGACGACAUCAAGGAGGUCUUUCGCGUGACCACGGCGGGCGGCAGCGCGCCGGCGACGUGCAAGGGCAUGCCAGCCACCUUUGAGGUGCAGUACGCAUCAGUAUAUUGGUUCUGGCAAGGCAAGGACAGCAGCGACGACAGCUGAGAUGGGCCGAAGCAUCGGGAGCGGCUCAGGUUGCGAAGGCCGCGUGUGUUUUGCGACGAAGAGACAGGACGUGCGUACUAUUAGUGGUUUCUUGUUGGCCGUGGUUUUUUUUUUUUUGGUUGCGUACUGGCAUUUGUCCCUUGAGGGACACCAUGUAUAUGCUGGCUCUGUACAUAUCCACCUACCUACUUAGGCACCUGUGCGACUUGUAUGACUGAAUCGGGUAUUUUGCGUCUCGUUGUUUCGGCCGUGGCACCGCUCUUUAGUGGUUGGCUAUGUGAGCGACCAGAUUUUGCUUGCU